AAUCCGCGGCCGGCACGUCACCCCCCCCAGACCCAAUCCGCCGGUGGCCCCGCCCCUAAGCAACCCACGACGAAUCCUCCUCCCGCAGAUUCGAAUCCCUCGCCCCCGCUCCCCUUUCCUUCCUCUUCCUUCACCAAAACCGAACGCCGGUCGCCUCUAUCUAUUUAUCCCGCCGGUCGCCUCCCGACCUCCUCGUCUGUUCCAUCCUCUCGCUCUCGGUCGCUUUUCCCCUUUCCCUUUCCCGUCGCCGCCCAAUUCGCCGGAGCCAGCCGAACCCCACCACCGGCCUAAUUCUCUACCCCACGUGCGCGCGCGCGCCCCAUCCCCGCUCCUCUCCGGCGACCCCACCCGCGCCAGCGGCGGACAUGGCGUGCCACCGCGGCGCCGCCCUGCUCCUGCUGCCGCUCCUCCUCGCCCUCGCCGGCUCCGUCGCGGGAGAUGCGGUGGAGGCCGCCCAGGACCAGCUGCCGCCGCGCCCGCUAGUCAUCCAGCUGCCGACCGCGGAGGAGAAGCGGGCCGAGGAGGCUGCUGAAGCGGAGCUGCGGUGCGCGAGCUGGAGGACGGCGGGGGAGGCCAACAACCUGGCGCCGUGGGCGGCCGUGCCGGAGGGCUGCGUGCCGCACGUGCGCGCAUACCUCACCGGCCCCGCCUACCGCUCCGACCUCGACCUCGUCGCGCGGGAGGCCUCCGCAUACGCCCGCUCCGCGCGCGCCGCCGACUCCACCAACGACGCCGCCUGGGUCUUCGACAUCGACGAGACGCUGCUCUCCAACCUCCCCUACUACGCGCAGCACGGAUACGGGCUGGAGCUGUUCGACCACCGCGAGUUCGACCGGUGGGUGGAGACGGGGGAGGCGCCGGCGAUCCCCUCCAGCCUCCGCCUCUACAGGGAGGUGCGCGACCUGGGGUUCAAGACCUUCCUGCUCACCGGCCGCACCGAGGCCCACCAGGCCGUCACCGUCGACAACCUCAGGAGACAGGGCUUCCACGAUUGGGACAAGCUCAUACUCAGGGCAGCGGCUGACCGGGAGAAAACGGCGACGGCCUACAAGUCGGAGAAGAGGAAGGAGAUGGAGGCGGAGGGGUACAAGAUCCUGGGCAACUCGGGCGACCAGUGGAGCGACCUGCUGGGCUACUCCAUGAGCGCCCGCUCCUUCAAGCUCCCCAACCCAAUGUACUACAUCCCCUGACACAAGAGAGCAGACAUGAUUGGUGGGCAUAGUGUGAGAAAUGCAGUGCUUAUUUAUCUGUUGCGUUCGUCAUGCCGGCCCGAUUGACUGAACCCUGUACUGACUGACUGAGUGUGCAAAAACAAAACUGAGAAUGGAAUUGAGAAGGAAGGAUUUAUACCGUGCAAAAGGAUUGGACUUGUGAGCUUGAUUUUGUAAUGGAUAAGAUGUGAAAUGUUGUUGCUUUGA